CUCCCACUAGAUGGUUCAGUCACCGCUCCGAAAUCGUAACCACCUCAGGUGCUCCACGUGUCUUCUAAAGGCCAAGAACCAGGAGGAGUUACUGUGGGCUCAAGAGUUUCUCACAUGCAGGUGCUCUCUGCUUUUCCCUUCUUAGUAUAUAUUGAGCUCCAAUCGUAACCUACCCUUCUCUCUCUCGGGAAUCCCAACAGGUUGGAUUCAUUGAAGAAGAUUUGAUGUACUUGAUCGUGGAUCUUAAUUAUACGUCCGAUCAUGAUGGCCCUUGAACACAAAGAUACUAAGCAUAGAAACUGUGAGGCAUCCUUGAAAUGCCUCCAGAUCCAGGGAUUCCCUUACAACCUGCAACGUAAUGGGAAUUCAGUCGAAGUCUUUCCAGAGCUUAAAGAUGAAUUCAAUGGACAUCCUGUUGGGGAAGUUGUGGAACAAGCUCAUUCAUUGAGUGGCAAGUUUCUUGAAUAUUCAGGUGGAUCUCAUAGCAAACCUGCCUACCAACAUGAUUUUGGCUCAUGGUCAACCUUUUAUCCUGAUUCUCAGAAAGUACAGCAGUGCCAAAUGAAUAUUUUUCAGGGCCAAUUGUAUCCUCCUCCUAUGGAGAAACGGUUUCAGUAUGCGCUUUUCCAUGUGGUUCAUCAAGUUCACCCCUAUGACUAUCAGUUCCAGGAUUUUCAGUAUUUUGUGGUCAUAGACUUUGAGGCUACCUGUGAUAAGGAAAAGAAUCCUCAUCCACAAGAGAUAAUUGAGUUUCCAUCUGUAAUUGUGAACAGCAUGAAUGGUCAAUUAGAAGCCUGUUUUCAGACAUAUGUACGGCCAACUUGCAAUCAACGUCUGAGUGAUUUCUGCACGGAUCUCACUGGAAUCCAGCAAAUUCAGGCGGACAGAGGAGUUACUCUUAGCGAGGCCCUUUUGACGCAUGACAAAUGGCUUGAGAAAAAGGGAAUAAAGAACACCAACUUUGCCGUGGUGACAUGGUCGAACUGGGAUUGUCAGGUGAUGUUGGAAUCGGAGUGUCGAUUCAAGAAGAUUUGCAAGCCUCCUUACUUCAAUCGAUGGAUCAACUUGAAGGUUCCUUUCCAUGAGGUUUUUGGCGGUGUGAGGUGCAAUUUGAAGGAGGCAGUUGAGAUGGCUGGCCUUGCAUGGCAAGGCCGUGCUCAUUGUGGCCUGGAUGAUGCCAAAAACACUGCUCGCCUUCUCGCCUUACUCAUGCAUAAGGGUUUCAAAUUCGCCAUUACAAACUCACUAAUGUGGCAGACUGCCGAUUGCUCAUGGAAGCAGGCACCUGAGCAGCAGCAGACCUCUCAACCACAACAACUCUACAAACAAACGAAGGAUCUGCAGUUGCCUAUAUGCCAGAGUCACCCUUGCUGUUUCUGUAGGGUGAAGAGCAAGGCAGCGAUGGUUCGAAAGCCUGGGCCAAAGCAAGGCUGCAUUUUCUUUGGGUGUGGGAACUGGACGACCAAUAGAGGUGCUCGAUGCCAGUACUUUAAAUGGGCAUCUCCCUGACUGAAGCCAUGGAGGACUUUCCUGUCUUCCAAACUCUGCAUCUAAACAUUAUUUGGGUACAUUAAAAAAAAGGGACAAAAAGCAAGGAAAAAAACGGUAGUAGUCGUCUUCCUAGUGGAAGAUUGUGUUAAAGAACUAUUUGGUGGGGUUUCCUUUUUAACUUAUAGUUGAUUGGGAUGCGCAACGAGAAAAAGAGGGAAGGGUGUUGGGUUGCUUCAUACAUGCUUGGACUAUAAUUUGGUUCAAUUUUCUUUGGCCUUUCCGGGCACCCAAUCAAAAAAUUUCAAAAACA